AAUCAACUGUAACCUUGAGUUGUGAUUCGUUCAUCAUAAGGAAUGGAACUAGGGCUCAUUGUCUUGCUGUAUUGAUUGGACAUAUCGACAUCGAUGCCGGAUGCUUCUGCCAUUUCCAAACCGCUGUUGCUUAAAGGAGGCACAGUCGUGAACCAUGACGUAUCUUUCAAAUCAGAUGUUUUAAUUGAUAAUGGUAUUAUUCAGGCUGUUGGUGAAAACCUUAGUUACCCCAACGGCACAGAAAUUAUCGACGUAAAUAAUAAAUUAUUAUUACCUGGCGGAAUUGACUUGGACUGUCACAUUGGUGUCGCAACCUCGAAUGACCCUAUAGCUGAUACUUACCUAUCUUCAGGAAAAGCAGCUCUUUUUGGUGGUACAACUACAAUUGUAAACACGGUUAAUGCUUAUCCUGGGGAAUCACUAAUAGAUGCAUAUGAACAGUUUGUAUCAUCAGCGCAUGAAAACCUAGCAUGCGAUUAUGGUGUAUGCUUGCGGUUGACUGGCUUCUCAUCAGAAACGAACAACGAGCUGAAUACUUUAGUUCAAGAUAAAGGAGUGGUGCUAUUUUCUGUUCGUGUGGGUUCAAAAUCUUCAUCUGUGGUAGAUAAUGAACAGUGUAUUAUCAAUGAAGAAGAAUUUUGUUAUUUCUUAAAGGCUUGUCGACAACUAGGAGCGUUGCCAAUGCUUGAAGCAGCUACUUCUGUGUCGUUAGCUCAGAAAUUAUCCUCAGACGUGCAAAUCAGUUGUCCUGAUAUUGGUCCAGAAGUCAAUUUAUUGGUUUCACCGGAAGACGCUGAGGCAAAUAGUAUAUUGCAAGGAUCUUUGUUUUCACAACAUGCAGGAUUUUGUUGUCCGCUUUUAAUUUCUAGAAUUCAUAGUAAAGCAGCACUAAAUUGCUUCAUUGAACAGCGCCGUAUGUGUAGAGGUAUAUUAUUUGGACAAACUAGUAUCCCCGCAAUAGCUAUUCCUCUUUCUUUAAUGAACUGUGAUGAUCAUCCUGACGACGUGUUAACCCAUUCAAAGAAUUGGGCUGUUGCUGCUAGUUACAUGUGCGACCCUCCAUUACGACCAGAUACUUAUCUUAGCCGAAGGUUGCUGACUCACCUCGUCUCUGAAGACUUGGCUUGCGUUGGUUCAGGUCAUCGGGCAAUAACUACUGCAGUUCGUGCAGCUUUUGGGUCAAAAAGUGCUGUACAUAUACCUCGUGGUAUAGCAUCUUUGGGCUAUAGAAUGGUUGCCUUAUGGCAUUUUGGGGUUGAAAGUGGAUUUUUGGAUCCUUGUACGUUCGUCAAAGUAACUAGCUCUAAUCCUGCAAGAUUAAUUAAUGUUUAUCCUCAGAAAGGCAGAAUAGAAGUAGGUUCCGACGCCGAUAUAUUAGUUUGGUCAAACUCCUAUAAGCAGGACGUUUUGAAAAACAUUUUACCCGAUGGUGUGCCUAACCUAUUUUCUAACACUUCUGCUUAUCAUUCGGGACCUGAAGUGGUUAUAUUACAUGGUCAUAUUGUUGUUCAGAAUACCGAGUUUUCAAAUAACACUUCCACUUAUGGGAAACUGCUUGUUUGCCGACCAUUUUCUCGUUAUGUGUAUGCUCGUGUCGAUGCAGUGGAAAGAAGUGUCAAUUCCGAAUUUAAAAUGCUCCAACGCGAACCAUACGUAGGAAAUGCAGUUUCCAUUACUACUGAAACUUCAAAUGAUAACAAGGAAGGGUACUACUUUCGGAAAGAAUAUUAUGAUAAUAUACCCAGAGGUUAGUUAAUUUUUUACGCUAUGCAUAGUUUGAUUUCGCACAUGCAAAGAUCCAGCAAGAAACUGAGUAUCAACACCGGGAUGCUAGUACAUUUAGCUGAUGAGUCCCAAGCAGGACGGAACGCGCAUCAUGAAUUCUACUACUAAUCAUAUUCCGUCAGUCUCACAAAAACAACACUGUGUUCACUGACUCUUAUGCAGUCAUAAUCCGAAAAUCUACUAUAUUGUAUUCCAACCCCUAAACCUUUUCAACACUUCAAUUUGGGGAUCAUUAGAGUCAAUAUCAAUAAACUAACUAAAGCCUAAGUUUAAUAGGUCAGUAGUUAAACAAACGCGUAUCACUUGCUAUCGCUAGUUUUUCUCUAACUACGUGACAUUUUCAUUAAACGACAUAACUAUAAUGACCAUCACUUUCACGUGGAACUAUAUGUAGUUAAAUUGCAAUGAAAAUAACCUAACUGUAUAGUUAAUUAUUAGGCUAACAAAUUUAGUGUGUCUUUUGUGUAAGCAUACUACAUUUGUAAUGCAGCGGCUCUAUCAAAUAAUAAUAUACCAAAGAGAGAGAUGAGCAAACACAAUCAUCAAUGUUUCAUGAUAAGAAUACCGUCGUCAUGUAAGCACUAAAAACAUGAAGCCUACGUUGAACGACUUUUUAUUUACUCUAUACUAACAAAUUAUUUGUAGCUCACAUCGCUUGCUUUUUAAAUAUAUUUUAGUGGCCUUACCACCUGGUCAGAGAAAAAUACACACGUCAGUUAAAACGGCUCAACCUCCCGGUGGUUCAUCGAAUGCGUUUUGGUCAAACGAAUAAGAAAAUCCAUUGUUUGUGGAUGUUAACUUCUACAUUUUUGAUUUCUAGCUUUAUAUUUCACUUUGAGUAAUUUCCAUGGUGCAUUUCAACUAAACCAACUGACUUUCCUUAACUAUUUACGUGUCUUAAUAUCAUUUCUUUGAUUAAAACAGCCAUUAAUGUUGUGCGAACUAUUUGUUAAGUAACAAUCUAAUAAAUUCAAUUACGAGUUAUCCUUUUAUACAUUCCGAUCGGUUGAUUGUCUGAUGGUUCUAAAAAUAUAAUGAAGAAAGCC